AUGCCAAUCAACUUUCAAGCUAGUUUAGGAAAACAAAAGGAAUCAGGACUUGCUCGUUUGUUGGGCUCUGGAACUUCAGGAAUAUUGGAACUAUUUAUAUUUCAUCCUGUUGAUACUAUUGCAAAACGUUUAAUGACUAACCAACAAAAAGUUUUUAUACCUGGUGCACCAUUACAUCAAGGUUUUAAUAAUUUAGAGAAAGCCAUAUUUAAAGAUAAGCAUUCCGCAACUCUUUUCCGUAAAUACACAUCAUUGUUUCCAGGGUUAGGUUAUGCAGGUGGAUACAAAGUACUUCAAAGAAUUUAUAAAUAUGGUGGUCAACCAUAUGUAAGAGAUUAUAUCAACAGCAAUCACAGAGAUGCAUUCUAUAAAUUAUUUGGUGAAAAAAGUGAUGUAUUGAAAAUUAAACGUCAAACAAAUCCUGAAACAUUAAAAGGCAGAAACAUUUUCAAAAUUUUUUGGGAUGAAGGACUUGGACUUUAUAGGGGUGGCCUUUGGACAGCAGCACGUAAUGCACCAGGAAGUUUUGCAUUAUUUGGUGGCUCAGCUUUUGUUAAAGAAUAUUUGUUUGGAUUAAAAGAUUAUUCGAAAGCAACAUUUUUUCAAAAUUUCUGUGCAUCAAUUGGUGGUGCUAUUGCUUCUAUCAGUGUGGCUCAACCACUUGAUGUAGUUAAAACUCGUAUCCAAAAUAGACCUUUUGAUUCACCUGAAACUGGGACACAAAUUAUUCGCAAAAUGAUACUCAAAGAAGGCACAAGUGCAUUCUUUAAAGGAAUAACACCUAAAAUAAUUGUCGUUGGUCCUAAAUUGGUUUUCUCUUUCACAGUUGCACAACAAUUAAUUCCAAUAUUAGACAAUUUCUUUGGAUCUAAAGGAGUAGUCAAACCAAAUCCUCUCUAA